UACUUGCACUCAGAUAUGCUAUUUGGGGUCUUUGUUGAGACAUAAUGGAUAUAUUAUUGUUCAUGUUACAUGAGAAUAACUUCAUAUUCUUGGCCUAGCAAGUAUGCCAGUAGUAUAACUUCAGUUUUUGCUGCGUUCACUCAGCUGUCCCAUAUUCAGACAUAAAAACACUAUAUACAUUUACUGUUCUCAAAGACAAUGUUGUCACACAAAGGCAAUACCAAUGCCUUAAUCAAUGAAUCAUCCAGUGGAUCACACAAGCAUAACUUAUUAUGACUGGAUUUUCUAACAUCCACCUAUUGUGUAGCAGUUCUGACUUACUGUACAUGCAAAUGUACAAUUUAAUUUUAGUGUACGGAAAAUCAUGGUUAAGUCCACGUCCUUAUUUAAAUGGUAGUGUCUGUUUUUGAGAACAUUAUCAUGUUACUUUUUUGUUUUGAAUUGGUUGCAAAAGGUCUUCAAGCAAACUUAUGAUGAUGACAAGGUGUCGUUUGUCAUGAUCUGUGAUCAUAUUCAGCUAAUCAAGAAAUGGUUUUUGUAUAGCCUAUUCUUUUUAGCCUGUUCUUGUUGAAAAAUGCCUUUCUGGGUGCCACUUACGUUGGCUACAGUAAAUUGUGUUUUGGAUGUCACAUGAACAGUCUGCAAUAUGACUACAGUAUAACGUUGAUCAACAGAAUCUUGGACAUCUUGGACUGUUGAGUUGUGGUGACAUAUGUGGCUUGCAAAACUAUUCACCCCAUAGGAUUUUCAUCAUUUUAUUGCUUUUAUAAAUGAAAUCAUGAUCAGUGUAAUUUGGCUUUUUUGUCAAGAAUUUGAAAAAAAAAACGUGUUCUGUGUCAAAGUAAAAACAGAUUUGUACAAAUUGUUGUCAGUCAAUUAAACAUAUAUAAGUUAAAGUAAAUGAAGGCAUAAGUAUUCACCUCCUAAGAUCAGUCUUUAGUAGAUGCAAUCUUGGCUGCAAUCAUAGCACUGAGUCUGUGUGUGUAUACAGUAUGUGUAUACCUCAAUCAGGCUGGCACAUCUCGACACUACAAUUUUUUGCCAUUCCUCCUUGCUCAAACCCUGUCAGGUUGCUUGGAGAUCAGGUGUGACCAUAUCUUUUCAAGUCCAGCCACAAAUUCUCAGUUGGAUUGAGAUCUUGUCUUGGAUUUGGCCACUCUAAAACAUGUACCGUGUUGUCUUUGAUCUAGCUCUGUGUAGCUUCUGCUGUAUGCUUAGAGUCGCUGUCUUGCUGGAAAAUAAAUCUUCUCCUAAGGAAUACUUCUCUUGCAGAUUGAAAAAUAUUAUCCUCCAAGAUUUGCUGUUAGUUUUGUGCAUUAAUGUUCACCUCUAUAUUUACAAACCUUCUGGGGCCUGCUGCUGAGAAGCUUUUCCACAACAUGAUGUUGCCACCACCAAGCUUUACAGUGGAGAUGGUGUAUUUGUGGUGAUGUGCAACGUUGUAAAAAUUGUCCACUGUAAAUUCACAGCAAAUUUCUGGCUAAUAAGUGCAUUACUUUUACAGUGAUUUACUGUACCUUCACAGUUGUGAUUUUUUUUUUUUUUUUUACAGCUAUUUAUAAAUUUACAGCUAUUUGCUAUAUUCCCUGUAGGACAUGGAAGCAAACAAAUUACACUGACCAUGAUUUCAUUUAUACAAGCAAUACUGUAAAAUCCUGAAACAUCCAAGGAGGUGAAUACUUUUGCAAGGCACUGUACAUUUGUACCUCUUUUUUUCCUUGAACUUUACUGUUUAAAUAAUAAUUGUCUUCCAAUGUUCUAUUGUAGGAUUAUUAAUUUGUCGAAAGGUCAUUUGAAUGCACACAUAACAAAUAUAGUCAUACGUUAUGUUAUGCUGCAGUGCUUAUCAGAUGGUAAUGCGGUGCCUCAUCUAGUGUUAGUUUCCUUGACUUUGCCAAGUAAUUAAGAUGUUCAAAGUAAAACAUUGUUAUUCUCAUCUUUAUAUUGGAUGGUGAUAUCAGACAAUUUACUGAGAGGACGUGUGGUAUGUGAUGUUUUAUGUAGAAAUUUGGUCAGUGUGCAUUCAAGUUGAUGAGAAUUAAAAAGGUGAUUGUUUUUCUUUAUGGGAAGUUAUUAGUGUUUUUAAAGUAAUAGAGCAUAGUCACUGUGGUAUAAGCUUAACAUUAUUUUCAGUCUUAGAGGGUAUUUAACCAGUGGGGUUCAUUUUGGCAUCAUAGGUGGUUCUUCUGUACUCUUUCAAAUAAGUCAUUUAAUCAUGUUAGCUUCAAAGUACUGUACUUGCUUGUUGCACUGCCGUACGCUGCAUGCCUGAAAUAGCCUAUAUAGUAAAUAAGGCAUGCAGAAUACGUUUCAUACUGUUUAAUUUUUCUUCUAUAGAUUUUCAAACUUCAAAAGGCAUAAAAGGAUGUUCAGAUUCAUCUUCACCCGUGCUGGAAGAUUCCCAUAUGCUUAUGAAUCCGCCUUUUAGCCACUGAAAUAGUUUUGUGCAAAGACACUCUUAUUUUAACAGCUGUCUUAUAUUGAUUACAUUUAUAUGUGAGAUAAUCGCAAUAACACAACCAGGAUUUGAACAUCGGGAGUUUCCAUUGAAAGUGUAAAUAUUAGCUGUUUAAUUCAAAUUGUAGUCGUCAUGUGAAGUGUUUUUGUUUUUGUUUUGCUAAAAAUUAAUAUUUUAUUAUUUUCUUAACAUUAAUGACUAUACUUAAUUUUACUGUGCGAAUAGUGAAGGCUUUAUAGUUAAUUCAAAUGAUGAAUCUAUUAUCGGAAUUGUGUUUGGCUUACAAUACCUAUUUUGUUCAUAAACCUUACAAAACUUAAUGUUUUCAUUUUUGUACUGCACACAUUUUUGAUUAAAUGCAAAUUCAAGUCCACAUCUAUUCAAUGGCCAGUUCAUGACAUCAAAGGUAUUGUAUAUCAAUGUAGGAUGUGGCAUGAUGUUGAUGAAAAUGCGCAGGUUUUCAGCUAAUUGAAAUCGUGAUUCAUGGGUACACCCAUUAAAAUGUCGUCUUUUAUCUUUACAUUAGGCCUUACCUUUAUAAUAGAUGUUGUUAAAAUUAAUUACUUAAGCUGUAUUUUAUUGCAAUAAUUUAAAACAUAUCGGUGUGGAAUUUUUUUUGUAUUUAUAGUGUUCCUAUAGAGUGUGUUUAGUAAAUACAACAAUUGUAAUAUACAUCACAACAUGCUCACGGUGGCGCAAUAGACCAACCUUCAAAUCGUUGAACGCCCUUUUGUCUUUUGCAGUGGACUGACGUUCAGUUGUGAUGUUAGUGAUUUUGUAGACCACAUUGUAUCAUUCUACAGCGUGUCAGGAGGGCGCUCAUGAUGGAUUCUAAAACAUCUUUCUUUCACUCGCGCACCUUUCUUUUAUUCCUCUUUUUGUUGAAUUGUGCAAAUGGAGACGUGAGCUUUUCCUUUCCCGAGGAGAUGAAACGAGGAUCUGUUAUUGGGAAUUUAGCCAAGGAUCUCGGACUGGAGGCGAGCGCGCUGUCCGCCAGGAAAGCCCGCAUCGACGCCGAAGGGAGCGGUAGACGUUACUGUGAUCUAAACAUGAAAAGCGGAGAGCUGAUUGUCGCCGACAGGAUUGACCGAGAGGGGCUUUGUGGAGACAAGGCUUCGUGUGUUCUAAAACAUGAGGUCGUGCUGGAGAAUCCUUUGGAGCUUCAUCGAAUAAAUCUACACAUUCAAGAUGUUAAUGACAACGCGCCAAUGUUUAAAGACAACGUGAUUAAUUUGGAGAUACGUGAGUCAGCCUUCAAAGGAGCUCGUUUUGGCAUAGAAGAGGGGCACGAUGCAGACAUAGGACAAAAUUCAGUAAAGCAGUAUAUCCUUAGAAAGAAUGAUAAUUUCAUUCUGACUGUCAGUAGUAACACAAUAGAGCUUGUUCUUGAUAAAGAGCUUGACCGUGAAUAUCAACAGGAAAUUAAUUUACUUCUCACAGCUUUAGAUGGCGGCUCUCCUCAGAGAUCAGGUACAGUAGUCAUACACGUCACUGUGCUGGAUGCUAAUGAUAACGCCCCAGUGUUCAGUCAGGCUGUUUAUAAAGCCAGACUGCCUGAAAACUCUCCUCCAAAUACAAUAGUGAUUAAUGUUAGUGCGACUGAUGCUGAUGAAGGAGUCAAUGGAGAAGUCAGUUAUGAUUUUGGACACGUAACAGAAGAUGUGGAGAAAUUAUUCACUAUUGAUCGUAAAGUGGGUGCAAUAAGAGUAACUGGCAAUGUUGACUAUGAAUCUAGAACAUCAUAUGAAAUACGUGUGAAAGCCAAAGAUGGACUGGGACUGUCCUGUUAUGCAAAAGUCAUUAUUUCUAUCACCGAUGUAAAUGACAAUGCUCCUGUAAUCAACUUAAAGUCACUGUCUAAUUCAGUACCAGAGAAUGUGUCACCUGGUACAGAGGUGGGCAUCAUUAAUGUGCAGGACAGAGACUCUGACAAAAAUGGCCAGGUCCGCUGCUCCAUUCAACAAAAUGUCCCCUUUAAGUUAGUUCCUUCUAUUAAAAACUAUUAUUCUCUGGUGACUACUGGACAACUGGACCGUGAACUAGUGUCUGAUUACAACAUUACAAUCAGUGCCACUGAUGAGGGCUCUCCUCCUCUGUCCUCCUCUAAAAUUAUUCACUUCUCCGUAGCAGACAUCAAUGACAACCCACCUGUGUUUGAGGAACAGUCGUACAGUGCAUAUGUGAGUGAAAAUAACAAAGCUGGCUCCAUUUUAUGUUCCGUUAGUGCUCAAGACCUUGACUUUAGACAGAACGGUACCGUGAUUUAUUCUCUGUACGCCGCUGAGGUGAACGGUGCACCGGUGACCUCCUAUGUAUCUGUUAAUGGAGACACUGGAGUGAUCCAUGCUGUCAGAUCAUUUGAUUAUGAACACCUGAGAAGUUUUAAAGUCCACGUCAUGGCCAGAGACAACGGUUCUCCUCCUCUGAGCAGCAACGUGAGCGUCAGUGUGUUCAUAUCAGAUGUGAAUGACAACUCUCCUCAGAUACUGUACCCCUCCCCAGAGGGCAACUCCUUCAUGACCGAGCUGGUCCCCAAAGCUGCACAUGGAGGCUCUGUGGUGUCCAAAGUGAUCGCAGUGGAUUCAGACUCUGGACAGAACGCCUGGCUGUCCUAUCAUAUAGUCAAGUCCACUGAUCCGGGACUUUUCACCAUUGGUCUCCAUAGCGGAGAGAUCAGGACCCAGCGGGACAUUUCUGAAUCUGACAGCAUGAAACAGAACCUGAUUGUGGCAGUGAAAGAUAACGGACAGCCCCCUCUCUCUGCCACCUGCUCCAUGUAUUUACUUAUUUCUGAUAACUUGGCUGAGGUGCCAGAACUGAAGGACAUUUCUUAUGAUGAGAAGAAUUCCAAACUGACGUCUUAUCUGAUCAUCGCACUGGUGUCUGUGUCCACAUUCUUUCUGACCUUCAUCAUCAUCGUCCUGGGUGUGCGGUUUUGUCGCAGGAGAAAGCCCAGACUGUUGUUUGAUGGAGCAGUUGCCAUCCCCAGCGCUUAUCUCCCUCCUAAUUAUGCAGAUGUUGACGGCACAGGAACUUUACGCAGCACCUACAACUAUGACGCCUACCUGACAACAGGUUCUAGAACCAGUGACUUUAAGUUUGUGUCUUCUUACAACGACAACACACUGCCAGCUGACCAGACUCUGAGGAAAAGUCCAACUGACUUUGAUGAGAUGUUUGGAGAUACUCAAGGUUCCCCGGAGGUAUGA